AUGAAGGCAGCUGCUACUCCACAUUGCCAGCUGCUUCUCAUGUUGCUGGUGGUGUCAACGCUGCUACCAGGGACAAAGGGGUUAUCGCUGCUUGUUCAGAGAACAAUUGCCAGGACCAUCAUGUUACAAGAGAGCAUCAGUGAAGGUCAGUUUGGAAAAGUUUGGCGAGGCAAGUGGUGGGAAGAAGUUGCUGUGAAGAUAUUCUCUUCUAGGGAAGAACACUUGUGGUUCCCAGAGCCAGAGUUUUAUGAGACUGUGAUGUUAUGUCAUGAAAACAUCCUAGGAUUUAUAGCAGCAGACAACAAAGACAAUGACACAUGGACUCAACUGUGGCUGAUGUCUGAAUACCAUGAGCAUGGGUCCCUUUUUGGUUACUUGAAUGGACAUGUUACAGUGGAAAGAAUGGUCAAAUUUAUUCUGUUUAUGACAAGCGGUUUUGGCCAUCUUCACACGGAGAUGGUUGGUACCCAAGGAAAGCCAGCUAUUGCUCCCAGAGAUUUGAAAUCGAAGACUAUCUUGGUGAAGAAGAAUGGAACCUGUUCUAUUGCAAACCUGGGACUGGCUGUGAGACAGGAUUCUGCCACAGAUACAAUUAGGAUUGCUCCAAACCACAGAGGAGUCACAAAAACAAGGAGUGCUGGUCAUUGCCACGACAAUCAACAGUGUCAGCUGUUUCUUCUUGGAGCUGCACCAUACUCAGAGAGUCUCUUAUUGGCUUUUACCUUUUAUACUUACUUCCAUCAUGGGAAAUUCCUCAUUGAAGGUGUGGUUCAAUGCCUAGAUAAGUUUGUGCUAGAAGAAUCUUGCAAGGAAAGGUUUGAUUAG